AUGUCGGCCGCUGAGACGCGAGACCGCUCUGGGUCCCUCCACUCUGAGGAGAAGGAAACCCUCGGCUACCCCAUUCAAGCUCAGACCCUGACCAGAGGGUCCACUUCGCAGGAUCCCGAAACCAACCAGAUCCAAGAGGACAUCAACGCCGGCUUCGACGAGGCUGAGGUCAAGCGUGUGCGCCGAAAGGUCGACAUGCGCCUGCUGCCCAUCCUCGGUGCUCUCUACUCGAUCGCAUUGAUCGACCGAACGAACUUGUCCGCAGCUCGUAUCGCUGGUGCCGGUGUCGAACUCAGGCUCACCGCUGGUACCAACUACUCGAUCCCUCUGCUCAUGUUCUUCGUUCCCUACAUCCUCUUGGAGAUGCCCUCCAACUUGCUCCUCCGAAAGAUCGGUGCCGCCAAGCAGCUGUCGUUCCUCGCUUUCUGCUGGGGUAUCGUCAUGCUCGGUCAAGGUUUCGUCAAGACGAGGCACCAGUUGACUGCCACUCGUGCCCUCAUCGGUGCCUUUGAGGCUGGCUUCUUCCCCGCCUGUGUCUGGCUCAUCUCGACAUGGUACGUCCGAAGGGAGUCGCAGGUGCGAAUGUCUGCCUUCUACCUCAUCUCGGUCGGUGUUUCUGGUUUCUCCAACAUCCUUGCCUACGGCAUGUCGCUCAUCAAGGUUUCUGACCGCAAAUUCCGAGGCUGGCGAUGGAUUUUUAUCAUCGAAGGCUUGCUCACCGUUGUGUUGGCCGUCAUCGCCUACUUUGUCAUCCUCGACUUCCCCGACAAGGCUGCCGAGAAGGGUUUCCUGACCAUCGCUGAGCGCGACAUGAUCCUGGCUCGUAUCCAGCGCGACCGUGGUGACGCCAAGCCCGAUGCUCUCACCUGGCGCAAGGCUGCCAAGUACGCCACGGACGUCAAGGUGUGGCUGUACGGACUCAUGUUCAUGUGCACCACCAUGCCUACCUAUGGCUUCGCCUACUUUUUGCCUGUCAUUCUCAGAGGUCUCGGCUACAGCAUCAAGGACUCGUUCCUUCUCGGUGCUGCUCCCUACUGCGUCGCCAUGGUUGGUGCUUUCGGCACCGCCGUCAUCGCCGAUCGCUACUACGUCCGCAUGCCCAUCCUCAUCGGGCAGUGCAUCCUCACUAUCGCUGGUCUUGGCAUGCUGUUUGCCACCAAGCAUCGCUCCGUACAGCUCGCCGGGUGCUUCCUCGGUGUCUGGGGAGCCAACGCCAACAUUCCCUUCGUGCUCAACUUUUCGCAGAACAACGUCGCCGGUCAGAGUAAGAAGUCGUUCACCUCGGUCAUCGUCAUCAUGUUCGGCGGUAUCGGCGGUAUCUUUGCCUCGCUCGCCUACAACGAGAAGGAUGCUCCUCUGUACCGCAAGGGUCUGUACGCCACCAUCGCUUGCCAGGCCUUCAACGUGCUCUGCGGCAUCGGCUUCACUGUCUACUUCUACGCCGCCAACAAGAAGAUCCGUGCUGGCCGCAAGGUUGUCGACGACCGUCCCGGUUUCACCUACACCAUCUAA